AUGGCCAACAUCAACCGCUACAAUCCCUUUAGCCGGCGCGAGUCGCACUCGACUGCCGCCGUCACCACCUACAAGGUGCUCACUCUCCUCACCUGGGCCCUCUCCGUCUUCGUCUCAGUCUGGUACACGUACCACGGCCGCAUCUGGGACAUCAACUACCACCACCGGAGCGCCUUUACCAUGAAUUCUGUCAUUGCCUCAAUCUUCUGGAUCGUCCUCUUUGCCCUCCAGGUUGGCUACGUCGGGCACCUCUUCUCUGGCAAGCCCGAGAUUGUCAACGCCGCCUCGAGCGUCGGCAGUCAUUUCAUCGUCAACAAUCUGCUGCACGCCCUCUUUGUCUACCUCUUUGCCCGCACUCAUUUCCACUGGGCCGAGGUGGUGCUCAUUCUCAAUUUGAUCAACCUCGUCUCGCUCUACUUUCGCCACAACACGUACGCGCGCUUCAUUCACGCCCCCGUCGUCUCGGGCCCGCUCGCAUGGACCUUUGUCGCCAUUUACUGGAACGGCGCCAUCAUGGUGCCGCACCAGGAGAGCUUGGUGGCGCGCGUCUUUGCCAACAUCUUCAUCUGGUCCCUACUCGCCUUUGGCCUCUUUUUCCUCGGCGUCUACAAUGAUUACACCAUGAGUUUUUCGCUUUCCGUCCUCGCUGCGGCCAUUGGUGUGGCUCAGUUUACCCGACACAUUAUCGCGCUUCAGUGGAUUUUUGCCUUUACCAUCAUGGCCAUCCUCUUCCUCGCCACUCUGGGUGUCGCCGUGCCCGUCUGGACUGGCCGUGAUAUUCGCUGGAGAAAGCGCACCGAGGUCACCGAUGCCGAGCGCGCUCCUCUUCUCAACGAGUAA